AUGGAAACUCCUCUUCAUUUUGAUGCAUUAUUUAAUAACAUUGAAGUUGCGCAGCUUCUUAUUACACAAGGUGCAGACAUCAAUGCAAAAAAUGUUGAUGAAGAAACUCCUCUCUAUUUUGCUGUUGAAACAAAUAGCAAAGAAAUAGUCAAACUUCUGAUUUUGCAUGGUGCAAAUAUCAAUGAAAAAGAACAGAACGGAAACACUCCACUUGAUAAUGCAAAAAAGCAUAAUUUUGCUGAAAUAGUCGAAAUGCUUACUCCAAAACCCCACUCAGACUCCAACUUUAAACUAAUUUGCUAA